AUGCUCCCCACCCACCCUGCUAAAGGCCUGUGCUCCACCCACCCUGCUAACGGCCUGUGCUCCAUCCACCCUGCUACAGGCCUGUGCUCCAUCCACACUGCUAAAGGCCUGUGCUCCACUCACCCUGCUAACGGCCUGUGCUCCAUCCACCCUGCUAAAGGCCUGUGCUCCACCCACCCUGCUAAAGGCCUGUGCUCCACCCACCCUGCUAACGGCCUGUGCUCUAUCCACCCUGCUAAAGGCCUGUGCUCCACCCACCCUGCUAAAGGCCUGUGCUCCACCCACCCUGCUAAAGGCCUGUGCUCCAUCCACCCUGCUAAAGGCCUGUGCUCCACCCACCCUGCUAACGGCCUGUGCUCCAUCCACCCUGCUAAAGGCCUGUGCUCCACCCACCCUGCUAAAGGCCUGUGCUCCAUCCACCCUGCUAAAGGCCUGUGCUCCACCCACCCUGCUAAAGGCAUGCUCCCCACCCACCCUGCUAAAGGCCUGUGCUCCACCCACCCUGCUAAAGGCCUGUGCUCCAUCCACCCUGCUAAAGGCCUGUGCUCCACCCACCCUGCUAAAGGCAUGCUCCCCACCCACCCUGCUAAAGGCCUGUGCUCCACCCACCCUGCUAAAGGCCUGUGCUCCACCCACCCUGCUAAAGGCCUGUGCUCCAUCCACCCUGCUAAAGGCCUGUGCUCCACCCACCCUGCUAACAGCCUGUGCUCCACCCACCCUGCUAAAGGCCUGUGCUCCCCACCCACUCUGUAA